AUGAGAUUUGCAUUAUUGGAGGCAAAGCUAGCCUUAGCUAAGAUCUCACAGCACUUCCGGUUCUCCAGAGUGGCCAACACUGACGUCCCGCUGAUCUUCAAUAAGGGCCGCAACCUAUUACAGGCUAAACGGCUUGUGAUGUAUGAGUGGUAUAUCAUCGGAGCCAUUGUGGCAGUGUUGGCGUAUUACCACUUUACGUGGAAGAGUGCGUUAAGCUAUUGGAAGAACCGCCAGAUUUCAGGCCCAAAACCUAUACCUAUAUUCGGAAACUUCUUGAGUCCUGUCCUAAAAGCGCGACCAUUUGUGGAGAUGGAGUGGUAUAAGAAAUACGGCCGACUUUUUGGAGUGUUCACGUUUGAAAAGCCCGGCCUAACAGUGGCAGACCCGGAGCUCGUCAAACAAAUUCUGGUCAAAGAUUUCCAUUCAUUUCGUAACCGACGGACAGCUGCGGGUAAUCACAAAAUCUUCUCGAAAAUCAUGUUCAGAGCCAGAGAUGAUGUCUGGAAGCGGGUCCGGGCGAUAGCCAGCCCUACCUUCACGUCCGGAAAGAUGAAGAAAAUGUAUGGUCUUAUCAACCAUUGCUGCGAAGACUUUAUGAAUACCUUAGAUAAGGAUGUGUCGAAUGGUAUGAAUGAAGUCGAGUUGAAGCAACUGAUGGGCGCCUACACUAUGGAUGUGAUCGCCAGCUGUGCCUUCGCUACCAAAACCAAUACAUACGCCGAUCCUAACAACCCGUUCACAACUAAAGCCAACAAUCUGUUCAAUAUUCCCGUUUGGAAAGGGAUGUUAUCAUUGCUUUUGCCCAAAUUUAUUGUCAGUAAUAGUAUAUUCCGGCGUAUUGUAAAUGCCGGCAAUUCUGAUGCAGACUUUUUCAUUGAUUUCACGCGAAGUAUAAUAAAGAAAAGGAGAGAUAAUAAGGAAAUACACAACGAUUUUCUUCAGUUAUUAAUAGAUGUCGAGAGAUCUGAAGGAGAUAUCCGAGAGGCCAGUGAUGCCAAUGAAGCACAUCAUGUGAAUGAGGGUAAGGAUGAGAUCACAGCCGAUGCCGAGGCCUUCAGUAAUGUAUUGGAGAAGAAGUUGACUGAAGACGAGAUAUUAGCGCAAUGUUUC